CUAAAAGAAAGAAAUCAGUGGUUAAGAAGACAGAUUACCAGUCUCCUUCAACAGCUCAUCAGGGCAACAUAUGGAGACACAAUUAAUCGAAAAAUUGUUGAUCAUGUGGAGUCCAUGACAUCUCCUGAUCAAGUAGCGGAUUAUGUGAAGCAUUUCAGAGACUCCUUUUGGCCGAAUGGAAUAUUGGCAGAAACAGCCGCCCGCCGAGACCGCAGUAUACGAAUGCGCACUAGAGUGGCAGGAAAAACAAAGCUGCUGGAAAUUAUGCCAGAUGAACUGAAGCACAUCAUUGGGGCAGAGACAACGCGAAAGGGCAUUCUUCGUGUCUUUGAAAUGUUUCAGCACACCCAACUAAACAGAAGACUUGUAUAUGUGUUUUUGGAAGGCUUCCUGGAAACAUUAUUUUCACAAUGUAAAUUCAGAGAGCUUUUUAUCAAACUGCAUUCCAGGUCGGAAAGAACACGGCGAUAUAAACAGAGACCGCAAUCUUCCCAUGCACCCGCCUUACAGAAAAGGUGA